AUGGCCUUUCUCUUCGUCAACAACAACAAGAACAACACGAACAAGCAAGGAAAGGCAAAAGGCAUCUCGAGAUGGAAGAAAAUCCCCGCACAACAUAACUUUUCUAGCGAGAAGAAAUUGUGUGUCGAGGGGAUUGUGGAUGGAUUGCGUAAAGUGUCGUCCCAAGAUGGCAGAGGGUUGACUUUGCAGCCAUCAACAAAUUUACCUGAAACUGAACGAGAAACCAAAAAAUGUCGAGUUGAAGUGCUGCGCUUCAUGAACAUUGUAACUGCUACAAUGAUGGCGAAGUCGACCACCCCCAUGCGCUUAGUAAUUUACGACGCGAGUUUAUUAAAAGAGUUGUUGCUUGAAGGCACAACUUUUUUUCGUUUUGAAAAAUUAUGGGCAGAACGACGAGUCCAUUCUCAUUCCUUGCUUAAAGUGAAGAAGUUUUUGAAACUUUUCUUCACAGCAAGCUUAAGAAAGUUCCAUCGAUGGUGUGGAAUAAGAAAAUACCACCCGAGAGCCAACAAAGCUUUGGCGAAUAAAUUUCCACCUAUUUCAGUGCACAAUAAAGCAAGCAGGCAAAGGCAAGACAGAAAGAACACAGAAGAGCCUGAGCCGUUUGCAGCAUAA